UAAUAAUGAUAAUUCUACAUCACCUGAAAUAGCAGAGUUUCUAAUUGAAUCUGAUAAUGAAUCCGAUAAUGAAUCUGAUAAUGAAGAUAGAAGCAAUAACUAUGAAAAUAUAUCUGAUAAAGAGGAGGAUAUUCAGAGUAAUUAUAAUACCGAUUAUGAAGAUGCUAAACCUAAAGAUUUUGUUAGUAACAAUAGUAAGGAUGUGGUUAAUAAUUCUAUUUAG